UUGCAGAGAACGUGUGUUGUAUUACUUUGACCUGUAGAUGGCGGUAUAGUGCAGAAGCAGGCAGCAUAGCACAUACAGCACGAAAACAAAGAAGACGAAAAGAAGGAGGAGGCGUUAAACUGUAAAUUAAAAACAGAAAUGGCGGGGUGUGUAAUCAGCGUAACUAGGUAAAUAUAACGGCGGGCCCAGAUGUUUGCGAUUAAGAAGGCUGGACAGAAGAUUUUCAAACGCGAAAUCACAGCAUCAUAAAGCAAAAUGAUAGUAUGUAGUCGGAAUGUGCUACGUAGCAUCAAAGCUGUUUAAAAGUGCAGGAGCACGUUCAUGUCGGCUAGCUACAAGAGAAGUGUCCUAUUUAUUUUUAAUUGCUAAGCAUACUUUGACUUAUUGCUAAGUUUUGAACAGUGUUUUUAAUUGUGCCAUGUACAAUGUCGCACGUCUGCUUCAUUGUCCUAAUUAUUUUCGCAAGAGCAGCUGCUGAAUAUUAGUUAACUUUUGACACCUGGGUGAGCUCCAGUGAAGGAAUGAACAAUGUCCGUCAAUGGGAAAGUCAUCCCGCACACGCCUCUGGCUGUAGAUUUUUGGUUUGUGAGGAAAUGUCCAGGCACCCGGUUGUUCUUUCUGUCCCACAUGCACAGCGACCACACGGUGGGUCUGACAUCCACAUGGAGCAACCGGCCCAUCUAUUGCUCCCCAACCACUGCCACUCUGCUCAGACUCAUAUUGAAGGUGAAAGAACAGUGGAUCCAUCCUCUAGAGCUUGGUGACCCAUACUUACUUCCACUGGAUGACAUAGGCAAGGAGAAGCUCGCUGUCACACUGAUUGAUGCCAACCACUGUCCAGGAGCUGUUAUGUUUCUCUUUGAGGGUUACUUUGGCUCAAUCAUGUAUACUGGUGACUUUAGAUACACGCCCUCAAUGCUGCGUGAGCCAUGUUUAAGGACAAACACCACUAUAGAUGUUCUGUACCUGGACAACACCUACUGUGAUCCUAACCGCACUCUACCUUCCAGACAGAGAGCCACUCAACAAAUCAAAGAGAUCAUUCGCAACCAUCCCAACCACAAUGUUGUUAUAGGCCUGUAUACUCUGGGUAAGGAGUCCCUGCUGUUGGAGCUGGCAAUGGAGUUUAAAACUUGGAUUGAAGUGAGCUUUGAAAGAUUGGAGAUCCUGAAAGCUUUGGAGCUGCCUGACGUCUUCACUACUGAGCGAGGGGCUGGCCGUAUCCGAGUCGUGAUGCAGUCAGAGAUUCACCGUUCAACAUUGCACCAGUGGAACCAAGAACAUCCCACUUUGGCUAUUUUGCCAACCAGCAGACCCGUCAUCUCUUUACAGUCCAAUCUUCAUGUAGUGCCCUAUUCAGACCACUCCUCCUACCAAGAGCUGGAAGAUUUUGUCUCUGCAAUUAAACCCACCUCCCUUGUACCCAUUGUAGGAAGCCAUUUACCUGGAAGUUUGUCUGCCUUACUGCCACGCAAGAAGAGGCAUGAAAUCCUGGUUCCUGAAUCUGUUCGACACUAUAUGUUGAGUCAGCCUGAGCUCAGCUCAUCAGCGUGCACUAGCUUUAAGCGGAGACACGUCAGACCUCUUAUUCCCAAAGGAGUAAUAUUUGAUUCUCCGGUGAAAGACCCUAGGAAGUCAUGUGAAGAAACUUGGGAAGCAAACAUCCUGGAGCAGGAAAUGGAAAUAGAAAGUAGUGACAAUGACUCGGACUGUAUCCUUGUGGAUCCAAGCAAAAAACUCACCCCGAACAAAAGAGGUGCCGGGGACAUGUGGAAUCUCAACAUUGUCCAGACAGUCUCUGAAGAAGUGGUGAUGGCAGAGUCAAUGCCGCUCAGUCAAUUCUCCCAAAGCGACUUUGCCCCGAUGGAGAUUCUGAGAAACACCAAAGCCUGCUUAAAGCCUGUCACAAGGGAGCCUUUUGAAACUAAAGCCAAAAUAUUCAGUAAUCACCACAGAGGACAUGAAAAUGUUCACAAAUGCCACACAUUCUCAGAUGAGGAUAGCAUGAGCCAGCAUAGUGAGACUUUAUUUCAGGGCAGCCCUGAUGGUGCCUCCUGCGCUUCAUCCAACUCCUCAACUGAACUGCUGCGUGAACAUAUAGAGGAGCUUGAAAACAACCUCUUAAGACACAUCCACUUUUCAGAGGAGGACAUACAGCAUAGGGGCCUCCUGCCAAAGAGCUUUGUGCACAAGUUCACCCUCUUACCUUUCAAAGACUCGGAUGAGGAUGACGUUUGAGAAAAGUGCUGUGAUGUUUGCAUUUCUGCAUUCUUGUAGAGGCCUUUGUGUUCUUCUUUGUGAUUAGAAAUAAGCCCUUUAAAGCACUAUCUUAUUAGGAUUAUUUAUUUUCCUUUGGUGCUUCAGUUAUUUGUUGGUGACCUGGACUUUACAAAAACAGGCAGACUGAAGACAUUGUCAGAAACCCAGUGACAUUGUUUACGCAGCACAUCUUUCUGUCUUCAGUAAUUUAGGUUUGGAAAGUCAACUUUAGUGUAUUUUCAACAGACCAAGGGAGAACCUGCUUUAACAGCAAAAAUGAUGUAAUCAGUCAUGCGCUCAGCUAUGAUCCUACUUAAUUUGAGAGUGGCACCCGACCAGCUUCUCUCAUCCCUGUCCUCAGGAUCUAUGCUGUAAUGCAGACAACAGAUACAUCUGUGUAAAAUCCUGCAUGUUCUCACCAUUUUCUCAGAAUCUUUGUGGCUUUCAGUUUCAUGCCACUGUGCUAAUUUAUACAUUCAGAUAUCAGUUCUUUUUUAAUACUUGCUGCUUGUAACAUAGUUUAUAUGGAUGUUUGUGGGACAGCCAGACUGGAGCUUAAUUAUUCCAGUGUAAAAAAAAAAUAAAUAAAAUGAAAUAAAUAUUGCAGAUGUAGACAUGCUUGCAAACUAGUUUAGGAUCAGUAUUAACCUAAAAGUAACAUAAGGAAAAGCAUAGAAGCAGUAUUUUCUGAUUUUUGUCACUGAGCCUUUUUUUUUUUUUUUAAGAAAAAAAGAAACUUUGAUUUAUGUGCUUACCAUGUGACUGUGUAAUGGCCUUUAACUUAAUUUUGCACGAGUUGUGGCCAUAGGAUUCUUUCAAAUGGGUUUAUUAUGAUUGUACAUGAGCAUUGAUUUUGGAAUAUUUUUUUUAUUUUGCUUAUAAUAUUGUUACACUUGUAAUUUAUACUUUAUGGUUAAUAAUGAAUGCUUCCUGUAUUUUUUGUGAUAAUGUGUUUUGGGGUUUGUGCAAAACAAAGGACUAACCAUGUAAAUGGGAACAGAUGUGUUUGAGCUGAGUAUUAUUAUUGCCUUUGCUUUCCAUUUUGAAAUGUUAGCUUUUUGUUGCCUGACAUUAGGCAUUAGGAAAUACUAUCAUCUAACAGUGAUAUGUUCAGAUGGUGCUGAAAUCCAUUUUUGAACAAGGAUCAUAAUGUGUAACUCUUUUUUUGGCCAAUGAUUUAGGUGCAACCUAAUCUUUUUUGUCCCUGCAGUAUUCAAUUUUAAGGCCAGUCCUCUAAAUUGUGCCCAAAACCUUUUCAUAAUUUUCAAACAUAAUUUUCCUGGAAAUUCAUCCAAAAGGCUAAGCUUUUAUUGCUUUUACGCUUUGAUGCUUGGUUCUGUGUGCUGGGUUGCCAAAGUUAAAGAAAUUUACAGCCGAUCACUCUUUUUAAUUUAGCAGCUUGAAUCCAGUCGGAGCGGUCUGAAGUGUGCUGGAUUUUCACUUGUACAAUUUAACUUUUGUUAAAUUUUAAAGUACCCCAUUCUUGACUCCUUGUGGAAACACGUAAGAUAACUUAUUCUACUUUAACAUUCUGAUUACUGGUAAGUUAAUAUGUGAAGAUUAUUAUGUGUACGUGGUAAACUGCUGCUUUUGUGUUUAAGUAACCUUACAAUAUGUAACACAUAAUUUAGGUAUCUUUUACUUAAACAAUAUCCUGUGUUUAAGAGAAAAUGCUUGUGGCUGCAAGGUUGCUGGGAUUGUUGUUUGCCUUUAGUGUGUUUCCUAAUGACUUCUUUCUCAUGUAGACUCAGUUGCUGUGCAAAGACUUUGAUGCAGUGAUAACUGAUAUGUGAAGUCGGUGUAGCUUUGCACCUGUUUGCUUCUUUAUUUUCUAAAAUCCUGUAAAAAUAGGGAAGCUACUCUUUGGAUACAAAAUAAUGAUUGUAGGCAAAUAACUCAUCUGUUACCUGCAUAUUAUCCUUUGUGUGAAUUGGUUUUGACUACUACUUUCUUGUGAACCAAAGGGAAAAGCAACCCACUUUGCAAAUAAUAAAAGUUGU